CCUGUUCGAUACUCGUAUUAUUCAGAUGUGAGAGAAUGGGAGCAACUGAAAGGGAACAAUCCUUUAGUAAUUUAGUGGGAAUGACGCGCCAGCUCCCAUUCGCUUGUAGCCCUAUUCCCCACAGGUGUACAUUUGACCCUUUUGAACAUUUGUAGAUAAUAAACGUUAUCGAAACCGAUGGGUAAACAAGAUGAAUAACAUAAUACUAGAUGAAUGGUGUAGAAAUAUAUUCACGCUCGGCGAUCAUGCGACCUUGCGUAGAUCAAACAGUGGUAGAGUUCGUAUUCGCAGUUCGAAGCAAGUGUACUUGGCACAGAACUACAACGCUGUUCAUCCUGACUUCAAACAUGGAUAAUCAAGAAGGCAAACCUGUUCGAAUCGUUUUGUGGUACAUUCCCAGGACAGUGUCGGUGGCCAUUUUAAAAUGUUUAAGUGCCAUUGAAGGUAUGGAGGUGUGGUUCGAAGCAUUCUCUUAUUGUGGAAUGACCAGAAAACGGUAUCAAGACGCGUAUGGAUGUGAUAUACCAAUGGAGUACGAGGGAAAUGAAGAAGAAGCGGAAAAGGGAGCCAAGCUCUUCGAGCGAAUCGUAAGAUCGAAAAUAGAACCGGAUAGGAUUAUGUAUGGCAAGGUGAAAGAAAGGAUGGGGGCUUCGACAAGCAAAUACCUAGUAACAAAAGAGAUGUUCAUUGCCUUUCCCGAUGAGAAGACAAGACGAUACCUACCCACAGGAUUUCGGCAUGUUUUUCUCAUUCGCGACCCAUACCGGGUUUUCAGAUCCUACCGAACAGCCAUCUAUAAACAGCUUCAGAACGUCGGUCUGAGGACCGGAGAACCCGACGACAUGGAAUCCUUCGACCUUCGCACAGACGACCCUUCCAUCGAUCCCUCCACGAUGUUCACUGGCAUGCGCGAUCUCUGGACGUAUAUUCGAGAUAAUAUUGACCCGGAAGCAGUCAUCAUGAACACCGAUGACCUUCUUGCCAACCCUGGAGAUGUCUUGUCCAAACUCUGCCAUGCGGUUGGUCUUCCGUUCUCCCCAUCUCUCCUCCAAUGGGACCCAUCGCCGGAUGUGGUUAAGCGAUGGAAUGCAGCUGGGGAUGAUGUUGUCAUGGCAACAAAGGCUUUCUACCAGAGAGCGAUCAAUUCAAGCAGGUUUCUACCGCCCAGUCCCGACAUUGCACCAGAACAACAUGGUCGCGAUGUUAGGACGUUAGCGGAGGCGGCCAUGCCUUACUUUAAGGAAAUGGACCGUUUCAAGAUCUAAGCACAACGGUAUGUAACUCAUGUAGGCAAGGUAUCGCAACUCAUUACACAUUGGACCAUGGUUAGCCUCCCCAUUAUGCAAACGUUUUGUUGAGGCAUAUUAAUCAUUUCAAUAAACAGACACGCAUGGUAAGAGUGAGGCGAUAGAUUUAUACUUUAUUCUGUAUUUCAAUAAUCUAUGCAGAAAAUAUUACGACUAGUGCUAACCAACCAUGAAAAUCGUCUACAUCAUUUGAAAAGUCCGAGUGCACCAGGUGCUUCAAAUUCAGAGUCCUUCCAAGGAACACAAUGACGAGGUAUUACUUUAACAUGUUUAUGAUAAAUCAAUUAACUAUAGCAUCCUGUUUACAUACAUUCAUUGUUGCUAUGUCUGUCAAACGUCGCACAAGCUUCUAAGUAUUUGAGAACAACCUUUGAUUGAAAAGUAUGCCUACAAUUUCAUAUGUUAGUAAAUAUGAAAACCAAUUGAUGUAUAUUAAUAAUGGUUUUAAAGGGGUAUCAUGUUUGAGUUGGUAAGUCUUGCACGAAAGAACCAAGACAAUUUGUUUCUUGUAUAAUAUAUUGACUAAUAAUCUAAAUUAGUAUACAGGACAUUACUCGUAUGCUAACCCUUACUUUGACUUCUUGGAAUGUACUUUUAGGUUAGAAAGGGAAACUAUAUAUAGGUUACUUUGAAUUUUAUUUCUCUUUCAUUUACAUAAUCAUUUUUGCUGAACAAGGUGUUUCUUGCUUUUAGAAAACUGGGAAAAAUGGGAAGAAUGAAUAACCUAUUUUGAUACUGGAGAUUUUGAAAGAACAAUUUGAAUUAUGUAUAUAAAUUGUCUUUCGCUUA